AAAACAUUAGUUGUGGCCACAAUGAAAGCAUUGUCCAGGAUAACCUACAUGUCAAGCCUGACUUACCAGCGACUGCCUGCCAGGGUACCCACUGCCCUGUCACAGUCCACUCAGGAGUUAUUGUAACUUUGGCGGUCACUGCUGCCUGUCAACCAGUCAAGCUAGUGUGAAUGCUGUUUGGAAGCAAAUGACAUCUUUUAAAAAUAGGGACUGAUAUUCUUAAUUCAAGUCAAGUCAAGGUCUCACAACAAAUAUCAUUAGCAUCAAUAAAGGCUGUCCUGUACUUAUUGGGGGUGGGGGGAUGCGUUCUGUCAGCAGCUUUGAGAGACACGUUACUCCUGUUGACAUUUGUCUAAUUUGAUACGAGGGCUUAGGGAGCCCCCCCACCCCCUGACCCACCCGCCCUUUCUCUCUUUCCCACCAUUUCAUUAUCACUGUAGGUCCAGAGCUCUUAGACCUCUCAGUGUCUGACUUUUAGAGAAAGCAUGUGUCAUAUAGCCAGAAUCAUACUUGCAGACUUGCAUCCAAAACCUCCUGAGAGAUACGGGAUAAAUUAGCACCUUAAUCUUGGACCUUUUCCAUUUCUUGCAAGACAAAGCAUACUGGAUACAGCUUAGAUCCACUUAAUAAGGAAUUGGAAUUCCCCCCUAUCAGUUUGACACUGCAGACUAUCUAUAUCUUCUGGCUCAAAAGGAUGUACUCAAAAGGGGAUUUUACCAUGAUUUUUUUUGUCGGUAGUCCUGCAUUUGGUCCUGCGGAUUUCUCCUGGAAAAUUUGCUGAUUAUCUGGAUCACAACUCUGUUUUAGUACCCGUCCGCCCCGGUCGCUCUCUGGGUGUAAAGCUGUAGCUGUCUCUACGGAGAUAAAAGGGCAGGUAAAAUAUUGCUGUUCACACAGGAAGGUUUUCAUUUCGGUUUAUUUUGAAUCAGAAGACUAUUUUAGGAGGACUUUUGGCUGCAGGUUAGUUUGUUGAACUCUGAUAACAACAUGGGGACUGUAUUUUGGAUGUUUUCUCUUCUGGCUCUUCCAAUACUUCAGUCUGCCAAGAUCCUGACUGUCUGUCUAAUUGGAGGAAGCCACUACCUGUUAUUAGACGAAAUUUCCCAUAACUUAUACCAGCAUGGCCAUGAGGUCCGCAUGCUUCUGCAACUGGGCAACCCUGUUAUUACAGGUUUUUCCUAUGCAGGUCGUGCAGACAGUUACCAGACAAGCAGCUGGUCCUUAGGAGAGACAUAUAUCAAAGAAUACAACAACUGGUUCCUGGAGCAACAGACAGAAUUUCUGUUGGGAAGGGAAGACUUUAAUAACUUUCUCAAAUUCAUGGGGCAUCUGUCUUAUCAGUGUGACAAGCUGUUAGGGGACAAAGGGGUAAUAACUUUCCUCCAGAGGGAGCGCUACGACAUCACCAUCCUCGAUGCUUUUAACCCCUGCUCCUUCCUCCUGGCUCGCAAACUUGGUAUCAACUAUAUAGCUUUCUAUCCCGGCACACUGAACGGUCCUCUGUCCAUCGCUCUCCCCAGCCCAGUCUCUUACAUCCCAGUCUUCAGCUCCCAGCUGUCUGACCACAUGAACCUCUGGGGCCGUACAAAAAACCUCUUCUAUUCUCUCCUGGCCCUUGUAGGCCAAGAACUCGUAUGGUCGACAUUUAGGGAAGUGGCUGUGCGCCAUCUUGACUCAGGCUCAGCCCCUGGUGGUCUGGAGGAGUUACAUCAAGGAGCUGAACUCUGGGCAUUCAACACUGACUUUUCACUGGAGUUCCCACAGCCUCUCAUGCCCUACACUGUGCUGGUGGGGGGUCUGCUGAAUAAACCUGCAAAGCCUCUGGAGCAGGAUCUUCAGUCGUGGAUCUCCAGUUUUGGGGAAGCGGGUUUCAUUGUCGUGACUCUGGGAUCAAUGGUCUCUUCAGUUUCUGUGGACCAUCUGCUCACAGAGCUGGUGGCUGGCAUCUCCAGGAUCCCUCAUGGCGUGCUCUGGAGGUACGACCUCAAGCGGUGGCCACAUCACCUGGACACACCUCCUAAUCUCAGGCUUGUGGACUGGCUGCCACUUAAUGACCUGCUUGGUCACAAAAAAGCGCGUCUCUUCAUUACCCACGGUGGACAAAACAGCCUGCUGCAGGCGGUGUACCACGCUGUUCCUGUGCUGGCAAUCCCUCUGUUUGGAGACCAGUUUGAUAAUGCGGUGAGGGCUGAAACAAAGGGACUUGGCCUCACCAUCAAACCCACACAAAUCACCAGGGAACUGCUAAGCUCUGCUGUUCAAACACUUAUGCAGGACGUCAGGUUCAAGUCUUCAGCUCUGUCCCUCAGCAAGAUCCACAAAUCCCAUCCUGUCCCUCCAGCUCUUCGACUCGUCCAGUGGGUGGAGCACAUCUUGCAGAGUGGAGGUGGAACUCAUUUAAGGCCGAUUUCUCUGACGCAACCAUGGCACCAGAGAUACCUGUUGGAUCUGGUGGCCCUUCUGUUCCUGGCACUUCUUGGACCCGUAGUUCUUUGCUGGACUUUCUGUAGGAACAAGAACAGCAGGGAUAAACACAAAAAAAAUCAAUAGCAGUGCUUGACAUUUCCUCAGGAUCAAUUCAGGUUAAUACCUCAGUUCUGUGUUACAUGUUUAUCUUAAACUUACUGUGUACUCUUCCAGCAUGAGAACUUGUAAAAAAUGACCUCCUGCUACCCUAAAAUACUGCCAAUCUUCAAUUAAUAAACCAUGUAUGUUGUAACUAA